UUUACAAGACACUAACAAAGUUCAGAAAAUACUGUUUCUUCCAUGCCCCCUUCGGUUUUAUCCUUGUUUUUUCUAUUCGACAUUUCUGGCAGUACAAUGCACGAUAUCAUUACUCUUAAAGUUUCUGUUAAAAUGAUAAAAAAAUAUGUUCUUGAGCUUUAAGUCGUACGUGUUCUAAUGAUAGUAAGAGGAGGUAGAACUGGGUUCUACUAUAGUUUGUCGAGGCAGCUUAUAAGAAGAAAUGAUAACAUAGUUUGCUGAAAGCUUUGUCGUUGUGAAAUGGAUACGUUAUCUUGGUGAUAUCAGAAAGUCGAAAGCAAUCGUCAUCAUGAAUAUGGACCUACUUCUUGUAUAAAGCGAUUAGCAGUGUUAGGAUGAAGAAAACAGCCAUCAAUCUACCAAAAAAUAUCAAAAUGUUCAAUUGCUUGAAACCAAUAGCAAAAGAAAGCUACAUAUCAGCAGCACCUAUAUAAGUAUAUAUAUUAUUAAUUUGUAUACUGGCAGUUUGCUAUCUCGUCAUAAGAGGCAUUGAUUGCAAGCUGAAAUUGAGCCUGCCCAAUACCAUAACUUUCAUGAAAAUGUUAUACCAUAACUAUCAAUGGAAACGUGUAGUACGAUAGUUGACUGUAUGUAGGCACAGUCUUUUCCUAUAAAACCCCAUUCAGUUUCAUCAUUUAGAAACAUCCCUUCCCUUUCAUUCACCUUGCUUCUUACUUUUCAAUACCUCACUCCUACUCUCACUAUUACCUGCAUUUAGCUCACACCCAUGUUGCAAAGAAGUAGAACUCUUCCCAGCAGAAUGCACCAAGGAAUUGUAGGAACUAUGCACUCUCCUUCUUUUGUAUAUGUAUUCAUUUACUAUUAUUUACGUUCAGUCGUUGAUUGAUGCUCACUGUUUAAUACAGAUAGAAGAGAGGCAAGAUGUGAAGCACUACUUACAAAAUACUCAAACGGAGACUGUUGCUAUGAAUAUUCAGCCUAACUAUUCCAAAUGCUUAGAUGAUGAUGGUCGUUUGAAGAGAACAGGAACAUUUUGGACGGCAACUGCUCAUAUCAUCACUGCUGUGAUAGGGUCUGGAGUUCUUUCUCUUGCAUGGGCAGUAGCUCAGCUUGGUUGGGUUGCUGGACCUGUUGUCAUGCUUCUCUUUGCUUUGGUCAAUCUCUACACUUCCACCCUACUAACACAGUGUUAUAGGACGGGUGACUCUGUUACUGGACAGAGAAAUUACACCUACAUGGAGGCAGUAAAGUCCAUCUUGGGUAAGAGGAUUAAGAACAUUCCAUUACUAUAUAUCUAUGUAACCAAAAGAAACCAAUGUGUUGCUAAUGGAACUAUCAUACCAUACCACUUUGUUUGGGUUUCAGGAGGAAAAAAGGUCAAGUUAUGUGGCCUGAUUCAAUAUGUCAAUCUGUUUGGAAUUGCAAUAGGGUAUACCAUUGCUGCCUCUGUCAGUAUGAUGGCCAUAAAAAGGUCGAAUUGCUACCAUAACAGUCAUGGAAAAGAUCCCUGUCACAUGUCAAGCAAUGGGUAUAUGAUAACAUUUGGAAUAGCAGAAGUGAUUUUUUCCCAAAUCCCAGACUUUGAUCAGGUGUGGUGGCUAUCCAUAGUCGCGGCCAUUAUGUCCUUCACGUAUUCUUCAGUUGGAUUGAGUCUUGGCGUGGCGAAAGUGGCAGAAAACAAAACUUUUAAAGGAAGCAUGCUGGGAAUUAGCAUUGGCACAGUGACACAAGCUGGAACAGUAACUGGCACGCAGAAAAUAUGGAGAAGUUUACAAGCUCUGGGAGCAAUGGCCUUUGCAUACUCUUUUUCCAUUAUCCUGAUCGAAAUUCAGGACACCAUAAAAUCUCCUCCUGCAGAGCACAAGACCAUGAGAAAAGCCACAGCCUUGAGCAUCGCAGUUACCACAGUGUUCUAUUUACUCUGUGGAUGCAUGGGGUAUGCAGCUUUCGGAGACAAUGCACCUGGAAAUCUCUUAACUGGUUUUGGGUUUUAUGACCCUUAUUGGCUUCUGGACAUUGCCAACAUUGCAAUUGUUGUGCACCUAGUUGGGGCAUACCAGGUUUUUUCCCAGCCCUUAUUUGCAUUUGUGGAGAAAUGGACUGCACGUAAAUGGCCGAAGAGUUGUUUUGUGACGGCAGAAUAUGACAUAGCGGUUCCCUUCUAUGGGGUGUACCAACUCAACUUCUUCCGCUUAGUAUGGAGAAGCAUUUUUGUGUUGUUGACGACCCUCGUAGCCAUGCUCAUGCCCUUUUUCAAUGACGUGGUUGGAAUGCUUGGAGCUUUUGGGUUCUGGCCAUUAACAGUUUACUUCCCUAUCGACAUGUAUAUUUCGCAAAAGAAGAUUGAACGGUGGACAAGUCGAUGGAUAGGACUUCAGCUACUUAGCGUUAGUUGCCUCAUGAUUUCAUUAGUAUCUGCCAUUGGUUCCAUGGCCGGGGUGGCUUUGGACCUCAAGACUUACAAGCCAUUUAGAACUAGCUAUUAAGUGAAAACCAGUUCUUCACAAAUACCAGUGUUUAAGCAGACGAUUAGUCAAAAGUUAGUUUGUGCAGUUAAAGUAAAUACGCUCCAUGUCUGCUGCUGUUGGAGCAGCUUGAUUUCAGAACGAAAAUUAUAUAAUUGGACUUUGGACAUAACAUGCCUCAGAUUUGGAGUUAUAUAUACGUCUGUGUAAGUGUUACUUUGAAGUCAAAAGGAAUAAGAAGCCUUUGAAUCUUUUAUUUCUUUAGUCAUAUUAUCUUCUUCACAGUCGCUAGUGCCAUUUAUUUCUUCAGC